AUGGCGCUACUAAAAUGCUGCAAAUCUCACAAAUUAGUAAUGGAUUCUACUGCUGUCUCUCUUCUUACCUUUCCACCUGUAAAACCGAACGAUCUUAAAGACUAUGAUGAAACACCAAAAAUUUCUGACUCCUUCCUUUUUCAUAAGCAAUCUCAUGUUCCCGAUUCAUUCAAAUGGCCAGAACAAGACGUGAUUCUCUCUCACGGCGAUCUAGAAGAACCCUUGGUUGAUCUCAAAGGCUUUCUUCUUGGUGUUGAUCAAGAAGAAACGCAUCGUGCUGCUGAUACUGUUAGAGCAGCAUGCCUAAGCCAUGGAUUUUUCCAAGUGAUCAACCAUGGAGUCGACCUGAGUCUCAUUCACGAUGCUCACGAUAGUAUAGGUUCCUUCUUCAAGAUAACAGUCAGCAACAAACUCAGGGCUGAAAAGAAGCCGAACUCACCGUGGGGUCAUUCGAUAGCUCAUAAUGAUCGGUUCUCGUCAAAAUUGCCAUGGAAGAAAGCCUUCACUUUUGGCUACCAUGAGAGCUCUCCAGAUUCAGUGGUUGGCUUCUUUAAGUCCACCUUAGGGAUGGAUUUUGAACCAGCAGGAAAAGUAUACCAGAAAUAUUGUGAAGAGAUGAAGAAAUUGGCUCUUUCACUCAUGGAGCUAUUGGCCAUAAGCUUGGGACUUGAGAGGUCUUACUAUAGAGACUUCUUCAAAGAUGGAUGCUCCAUAAUGAGGUGCAACUCCUACCCUCCUUGCCAAGAGCCAAGCCUUGUCCUUGGAACUGGUCCUCAUUGUGAUCCAACAUCCCUCACCAUACUCCACCAAGAUCAAGUUGGAGGUCUCGAAGUGUUCGUCAAUGACAAGUGGUACAAAGUUCGACCUCACGCUCAUGCCCUAGUGAUCAACAUCGGUGAUACUUUUGCGGCUUUGACAAACGGGAUAUACAAGAGCUGCCCGCACCGAGCGGUGGUGAACUUGCACAGAGAGAGGCGGUCGUUGGCUUUCUUCCUGUGCCCGCAGGAAGACAAGAUGAUCGCGCCGGCGCCCGAUCUCGCCCCCGGAGGGGCGAGGAAGUACCCGGAUUUCACCUGGUCGGACCUGCUCCGGUUCACCCAGAAGCACUACAGGGCCGAUCAGUGCACCUUGCCCAAGUUCACGGAGUGGUUCCUCUCUCUUCAAGACCGCACUCUUGACUGUUGAGUCACUGUUAGUAUCUGUGUGAGAUCCCCUUGAAAUAAAGAACACGAGUCAAUCUAGUCUCUUUUAUAUGUAUGGCCGAGGGAUCAAGUGGAUAUGCAUUCAUUUGCAUACUGGCUUACUUCAAGGAUGGAAGGAUAGAGAUAUGAUGUACUGAAUUGUAUGAUUCGCUAAUAAGAAAA